CGCGAACAAAAACGAAGUCCGCUGAUAGCUUCAAUGGCGGGAAGCAACGAUCUAAGGAAACGCCAUCGAAACACCGAAGAAGAGUGAGGAAGCGAGAUUUGGUUGACUGGCUUGAUGAACAAAAAUCAGUAAUGUCUUCUCAACAACCAUGCCUCAAAUGCGCUUCAAGGCCUUGUGCAGUGGAUCAGCACCAAUGGAGCACGUCGAGGCCUUGUUUUAGGUUUUGCAUUUUCUUAUUCGAAUUUUCGUGUCUCUCAUUUCGUUAUGAUCAUCAUGUUUUGUUUUUCGGAACAUGAAUUUGAGAACUUCAUCUGAUUUCCUUCCGAUUGUCGAGUUUUUUCAUAUGAAUUUGAAGGAUCUAUUUCUUUUUCAGUAUGCAAUCGGUUCGAUCUCGGAGCCGAUGAUUUAUGGACGCUUGUACUGCGGGCGUUUCUAUUCGAAAGGAAACGCCGAAGAACCGAGAGAGGAACCGGCAAUGUUUCUCUGGAGCCAAUCCCCAAAUGAGCUUCGAGGCCUUGUAAAAUGGAUGACUGUCGAUGAAGCCGGUCGAGUUCUUGUUUUAGGACCAGUAGCGUAUGGAUACUCGGACUGCAGUUGUUCCUAUGUCAAAGCACUUCCGUCUUUGAAUUUAGCAGACUCAAAAACAUUGAAAGAAUAGAAGACAGAGGAAUUGUUUGAAAAUUUGAAGGCUAACGAAUCAAUUGGAUGGGCUGCU